AUGGAGUUCAACUUUCUGCCUCCUGGGGUCAGCGAUGAACUGGGUGAGCGAAUUUACUUAGGUCCUUUAGCCGCCUUGAAGUAAGGUCAACUAUCGGGGCUACCUCCGACUAUUCACUUGGAUCAGGUUGUCAAUAGGCCUGCGCCUCAGGGCGACAGCUGAUCUUUGCUUUCUGACCUCGCCUGUAUGCAGUUAAGCAGCGCCUUCUCGCCGCGUCUAAAACGAACCGUCGUUAUCGUCUGUAUCACGUGUGCUUUUUGCUGACAGUAAUACAUUGUCGGGGUCGCGUGCAAUUGCGCACGCUAAUGCGCCACAACCUCGGGCGCGACGACGGGGUCGCGUGUUUGCAGGAAUGCGUCUCUGCUAACGGUCACCUAUUAGCGAAGAAGCUGGGAGAAAAAAAGAAGAUAAUGGAAUAGGGCGGAGGCUCGUGGUUCCCGUCCCUCUCCUCCAGUACCUACUGAAGGCUCCGACCACUCUUGCCAUAAGCAGAUGUUCGUGCGAACGAGGCCUCCGCCUUCCCCAGCACGGCGCUAGGCUUUUGCCUUUUUCAUCAUUGUCUGCCUCGCGCGUUCAUCUGCGAAUCAACAGGCCGGGGAGGUAUUUCGGCUUUUGCUUUUUGUUAUCAACUGAAUAUACAAAAGCGUUGUUACGCAAUUAAAAACUGGAGUAUAACUUUGCGUUCCUGUGUCCUCUUCGUUACACGUAUUACAUCGUCUUGUGUGGGACAGAAGGAUUUGUGUUUGGAACCAUCCAAUCUGCCUGCGCAUCUUGUUCCUUGUUGUGUUCGUCUCAGUGCGCUAACUCUCUUGAUGCUCUAACUGCACACGUGGGGUGUUGGUCCUUAUGUUGACGCGAUGUUCGUGACUUUUGCAAACAUCGUAUGGACUGCCAACUACCUUAUCCUUCCCACUGCAUAGAGGAUCCAGAAGUAAGUUGUAUAGGCCUCAGACUAAUGUGCGCCGGGUAAGAGUAUUAGUAGAAACAGUAUGUUAGUAAAGGACAAAUGCGCCUCAAUACUUCCAAUUUUACUGCACCACUGAUGUGCCGACUGGUGGUAUGCAGUGGAGUUUUCCGGUACUAUCAAUCACAAAAUGCCGCCUAGACGUAAGUUCGGGAAAUUGUUUUAGGGACCGUAAUAGAGCUCCUUUGCAAGCAGAUAUGUCGCCCUAGGGGUUUUUGACAAGGCACUCAAGUGUUGGUCGGAUAUGACUGCAUAUAUUAACAGGAAUACGUGAACGAGAACGGCCGUAUUCCGUUCGUUUUCAUAGUCUGUAAAACCUUUAAUGAAGCAUGAUCCUCUUGCUCCCGCUGCGUAGAUUGGUCCUGACUCUUAUGCUGUUAAUAAAAAGCAGUGUCUCUUAUUUCCGAAUAAAUUGUACCGCGACUUUUGGUGAAAUCCGAAGCUUUCCCUUUUGCAUUCUACAGUAGAUGUGCUAACUCAUGAAAUGUCAACCAAAAUUUCGAAAUGCGUUCACGUUUCGAAAAGAUGAAUUAAGUAGUUUUGUAAAACUAAUCAUGAUGCAGCAUAAAUCUAUAAUGAUCCAGUUACCUCAGGGUGUCGGCUUUCGGAAGAACUUAUCUUCGGCUGCAUGCAAGAUCUAUACUCUGCAAAAAUGACUACUUAAGUAGCAUGCAAUUUUCUCAUUGAUUUUCGAUGCCCUUGAAAAUUCAAUCAUAUUUCACGGAAAACGUGCAUAAAAAUAUUCAAUCUUCUGCUCAUUCGGUAGGACAUGACGUCUUCAUUUAAUUUUUUACUCGAAGGCUAUAAUUCGGUUUUCGAAAACUUUUCAGAUUCCCGAAUAAUUUUCAACCCGACCUGCUGUUACACUUGCAUUCAGGGUUUCAAAACUACAAGUUGUAUAUUUUCCGUGUACGGAAAACCAUGCAUUUCUCUACGCUGUUAAGAGGAGACCAUAUGAGGUUCAUAAAAUUAAGCAGUGGAUUUGAGCAAUAUUGUUAACUUUACAAUCCACAUUCGUAAAUGCAGAUACAUGACGUUUCAUGAACGGCCAUUUAACGGUAUUAAAAAAUCUCGCAAUUAGAAACUUUUUAAAACCGAAAUAUACUCUUCUUUUGAGUAUGAAAUUGGAAGAAGACGUGAUUUUCUACCGAAUAAGUAGAAGAAGGAAUAUUUUUAUGCACGUUUUCCAUGAAAUAUGAUUGAAUUUUCAAGGGCAUAGAAAAUCAAUGAGAAAAUUGCAUGCUACUUAAGUAGUCAUUUUUUGCAGGGCAUAGAUGUUGCAUGCAGCCGAAAAUUAGGUCUUUCGUAAGCUGACACCCUGAGGUAACUGGAUCAUUAUAGAUUUAUGCUGCAUCAUGAUUAGUUUUACAACACUACUUAAUUUAUCUUUUCGAAACGUGAACGCAUUUCGAAAUUUUGGUUGACAUUUCAUGAGUUAGCAAAUCUACUGUAUUAAGUAUGUUCGAUAGUAUAGCAUGAGCUUUGUAUUCUAUCAAUCCAUCAAUAAAAUCGAGUCUCAAGUAUAAUAUGUUCGUACCAACUGGCGGUUGACAGUCCACCUUACGUGUCGUUUUUGAGUCGAGCUAUCGUGUUACAUCCUCGCCUACCCUUUCCCACCUGUAAAUUACAGACCACAGUCAUCUGGAUUAGCUAUGCCUACCCCUCUGUUUGACGCUGCUAUCGUUCUUUAAUAUCACAACCUACGGAUCUGUUCGAAUGAGAUCCCUUCUUCGCAGCUCCCAAUAACGGAAUUUCCGGAUUGGCCAUUCUGAUCUCACAAAAAGUCCGAUUUCCCAACGAAAAAUAUUAAAUACAUCGAAUGGAAGUUAAAGUCAAUCCUCCCGGCGAUUUUGACUACCUGUGUUUGGUUUGUUCCUCAACUACAGUGUUUCCAUCUAUAACCAAAACAUCCCGAGUAGAAUGCUCAAAUUAUGCAGUUUUCAUAGUUAUCGUUUUCUUAAUAACGACACAUUGCUUGCGUGAGUCCUCCACUCGAAGUAGCAUCUACAAAUGGUCCGCUCCCUGACUGUGCAUACGCGGGUGGACGCGCCUGCAAGUCUUGUGUCUUUGCGUGAUUCUCAAGCUAUGCUGGUAAUCUUCAAGCCAUCCCACUCCACCUGUCCGCAUUUGGUCGGCCAGUCUGCCUUUGUCUUGAGUUGGCAGCGUAUUUGAUCGGGCAGUAAGUAAUCCUCAGCUCGCUCUUCAUUCCCGCCCGCGCCUUUAUGUUUACCCACUGUCGUAUUUUCUCCACGGCGAUACGACUGGCGUCUCAGACAGAUCCAACAAAAAAUUAAAAUGAGUUCAACCGCUGAUAAAAAAUCAUAUUCAGAAUUCGCUGAGUGCGACAAUGGUCGUCGGCACGACUUUUAACUUUUUGACUUUUCCCUUCCUAUUUUAAAUAAGGUGACUUUGACACUGGCUUCGGUUCCUGCUGUCAAGUUAAAAUGGCAAAGUCACCUAAUUUGCUCACUGUACUUUAGCCACAAGGGGAACUCUGUGGUGUUGUCGAGUGGGCCAUCAUUUCAAUAAAUUGCUUCGGCAGUGUUGGGCAGCAAUGGUUCAGAAAACAACGCUCAUUUCGCAUGCCGCAGUUUGUCGCAUCCUUUUGUCUUUUUGAAUGUCCGCAUAACUCCUGUUUAAUACUUGCUUCUCUUCAGCCUUUUGAAAUUUCAUAUUUGUUUUUCUAGAGAAUAAGAAACUUGAGCUAAACGAUAUCACUACUAGGCUUCACUUGGCGAGCCAUGAUCCAAGUCUGAGAAGGCUCUUGAGUCCAAGACAGUCGGUUAGACAAAAAAUGCCACAAACCUACAGCACUGAACUAACCAAGCUGAAACUUUUCACACAAAAGGCGCGGUUUACCUAUCUGAUUUCGUACAGAACCUGGUUAUUCCGGUCAUUAUCACCCUCACGGCCACUAAGUGCUUUUAAUCGUGCCCUUCCAGCACGGAUAAACGUGAUCAGUCUCUGCAUAAAUCUGAGUCCAAUACCCACCUUUGUUUUUAUUAGUAGGCAUGUCUUACUGUAGUCACUACAGGUUAUCACUGGAAACGAAUAUUGGGCGACAGAAAUGGGCCAUUUCACUAUGUGUUUGCCUUUCAACAGCCCCGAAUUCUUUUCAACUUAAUUGACCGUUAUCCAAGUCAUGUGCAAAUUAUCACUGUCGCCCGCAGGCAGUAGAAACUACUUUAGGGUAAGGUGAUACCAUGCUAACAGCACAGGUACUAGCCAAAAGCCCAUACACGCGUGUUUCGCCGAUAUUCUGCCGCUGCAUGGCGCAGCUGCGAGGGUUUCGGCUUGUCAGUGGGUUCCGCAGCAUUGCCCGUCUGUUUUCUGGUAGAGCCUAUAGGCCUUAGAUAAACUGAUCUACUCCAAGUUAGUAGUAAAUUUCUGAGGAGAUUAAAAAGCAACAAGUAGAAAAUACUUACGCCAUACAUAAAUAAUAGCCGCAAGUCCAAGCAUGCGUUUCCACGUCUUUAUGCUGCUGCAUGACAUACAUUUGGGGCAUUCCGUUAAUCCGGGACUUCCAUGGGGCUCCUAACAGGCUAUCCGCUUUUGAAAUCACUGUAAACUUGGAGUUGUCUUUGAAUUAUUACUUUUCAUACCAAAUCCUGAAUGAAAUCUUAUAGUGUAUACCCUUGCUGCAACAAAGAUACGUGAUAAUUAGUGUGUUUUGUUGUCAUGCGACUUUCUCAGCUUCUCAACGUUUCCGCCCUGUGUCUACUGACAGGUUUCUGCGAAGUGAAACAAGAUUGAUCGGGCAACUUUCAAAUGUUGCUUCAGCUUUGCCUAGAGUGCAUGAAAUGCAUAAGCGUCUCCCCAAAAGGACAUGCUUUCAAAGACUGGAACAAUCCAGCAGAUGACCAAUUAGGUCUCUCUUUCGUGUUGCGAUUAGCUCAGCCAGCCCGGCUAAAUACCCAUGACUCCUUAAGAGACCUUCCUUCGGCGCCGAGAGGCCACUGCAGUUCGUUACAGAACUGACCAGCAACGUACCGGUUUGCUCAUUGUCGUCCUCUUAUUUCCCCUGCGGCGGAGCGCCAACAGGCCCUUUUGCCCCUCCUCUUUUUGCUGAAAACCUUCAGUACUGGGUUUGAAGCUAAUUUGGGCGUUGAGGCCAGUUAUCCCACCCCCCCCCACCCAAUCUCAGUUUUCUUUUGGUUUCGUAUAAGCGAAAGUAUAGCCGAUUUUGGGGAAACAAGCGUAUCCUUACUUGACGACAAAUUUGAAACCGAUUUCCCUCUCAACUGACCAAAAUGUCCAGCCUCUAAGUGCAUUAAACAUAAGCAAAUUAACAUGUGUCAUUCCAGCCAAAGGGUUUGCCGUUUUCAACUAUAAUUUCGCAUAGCAACCAUUGAAAGUAGAAGUGCAAUUUAACGACUUAGUUAAUAACGUGCGUGGCGGCACAUUCGGCUCCUCCAUUUUUGUUUGAUCAAACGGAGGAGACGUUUGUUUGCGCUUCUUGAGAGGGCAGGUUGCGGUCCUUUAGUGAUGAAUCUCGUGACUUUGCUAAAGUAUCUCACCACGUUAGAGAAACGGCAUCAAAAUACAGAAAGCGCGCUAUAAGAGGCAGCCGAGGAAAGGGCAACAAGCAGCGCGUUUUCUUCGUCGGGAAUGAAAAUCGUAAUAAAUUAUUGGCCUGUGCUUUGUUAACAAAAAAGCCUAGUGCGCUUUCAACGCGGGAAUCGUGUAUGAGGUAAUUUAGAAAAAUUCAACCUCUUACCUUGAUACUGUCGUCCGUUUUUUGCAGCUCCGCCGCAGCCAGUUACACCUUCAGUGGCCCUAAACGAUGGCUAUUUUUUGAAACAUGCCUCGCAUAAAGCAGCAUAUAGACAACUUUAUUCCACCGUCUUCCGUAUCUCCCCGAUCCCUGAACUAAGUGCACGCAUCUAACUCCCGCGUACGACGCACAGACUUGUGUUUGCAUGUAUGCGCUUCGGCCCUUUCGACGAAGACAGUUCGUUAACGUUGCUGAGCUGGGGUGCAGCAUCAAUAAGGAGACAGCUCUUACCAUCUCAGGUUCAUGCAUUCAGUCUGUUGUGAGUUUCCUGAUGACCAGUGACAGCCAUUGAGCUCACUGAAAUGGAUUUGUACAAUUGCACACGAGUCCUACCAGCGAGGAGCAAAAGCAAACCACUUAUUUUGAUUGAAUGGGAAAUUUAUUACCGAGAAAAUAAGAACGCGACGAAUAACGGAAUCAUCUAAGCUGUAGUUUUACCAAGAUUUUGCAUGAUGGAAUGGGCGAAUACUGAUCCAUUAGCUUUCUGAAGCAAACAAGCUCUAUCUAGGUGGCAGAGGUCACGAAAAGUCGACCCCUUACCAGGGACAUUAUGAGCUGACUGAAGGCAAAAUAAGUCCGAAACAUUGCUGCAUCAAUCUACCCGUACUUUCUGUUAAUACGGCCUUUGCUAUUGUGAGUAAUUCUAGCUCGUGAGGCACCUCUGGCGUGUAACAGGUUCACGCCUACAUUUCGAUCUUCGGGCAGCACUGACGGGUCCUAUUUUUGGCGCAGCGCAAGCAUACUGCUCUCCUCGCCAAACUGCUAACUUGCAGAUGUUGGAGCUCCUCCAACAUCAUUAAUCCCAACCUUAUUGUCAGCAUCUGUCAGACAGUCUACGCCGGCCAAAAUACUACGCAAAAUCCAACUUAUCUCUCGAAACUACAAAUUGAAAUGGACACUUACUUCAGUUCCAAUUGUUGCCUAUGAUUCCGUUUUCAAACCAACAUCCUCCCCAAGUAAGAAUACGUAAAGUAAGGUUUCCGAUAGGAGCGAAGAGGAGAGUUACAGUAAGCAGUUUAGAAGAAGAAGAUGCGAUCAAUGUUCCAGUGAUCGCCCGCUUUUUCUUCUUUUUCCGAACUUAAGUGUUAAGUGUCAGCAGAAAUUAACCUUGUCUGUCGAACAAUAGUCUGCUUUAACCGUUCCGCGGUUCUGGGUACAUACUUGUAAACCCUUUAACUUCAGAAAGCUGCAUUGAAAAAAACCAGGUGGUGUACGAUCAGUUGACCUAGGCGACCUCUCCACGGGCCUUCCUGGGCAUUCUUGGAAAGAUCUUAUAAUGCACUUUUGAGCUGCUCCGUCAGUUUUGCAGAACGGUAUAAACACUCAUAUUGUCCUUCUAAGUGCAUGGUCUGCAACUUCUCGGUAAAUAUAGAGGGUGCAUUUUAUGGAAAAGUUUUGAGUCACGCGUCGCACUGAGUUGGGAACGGCUGAACUCCCACCCAGGUAUCUGGAAAUGAACAAGAGUUCUAAACGUAUUACAUGUUAAAAACUAUCUGUUCGAUCCUUUCCUCGGUGGUUACCAUCAUUGUCUUUGACUCCACUUUGAAAUGUGAACAAGGCACGGACAACUGGCUGCGUGCGUGAGCUCGGUGACAAAUCUUUCCGCUUAUCAAUCUGCGUUGCAACAAUGCGGCACCCCAGCAAUUGCCUGCCAUUUCUAAGUCCCGUUAACUACCCCCGCCCUCUAGCCUCAGCCCUGUGAAUAUUCCCGUACAAUUCUUUACUUACCUCGUACUCGGCAUCCAAUUACCGCUUAUGAGCUUCUUCUAUUCUCACGAGGUUGUGACGCAGCGUUUACAAGGGCACUGCAAUUAUAUAUGGACGACGGAGGGUUGUACAUAGGAAGAAAAUUCCAGGCAUGUGGAAGCAUUUGCCCAAUACGUGAGGCAAGGUUAAUGCGCGCGCUCUCUCUGUUUCUUUAAUGGUCCCUCACUAGGCAAGGUACUAGACCACUAUGCGCUGCGUUUCCCUCUAGCACAAAGAAGCCCCGUAAUGGGAAACCGCGCGAGGUAUCGUGCCAAGUGUACUGAUCGCUAUUCCCAAAGGCCAGUACUUGGUGUAUGGCAAGUGUCCUGCCAUUGCAUUGCACUGCCGAUGUGUCUGACCGUCCUCUUUCGCCUGCUGUGCUAAUUGACUGAAUUUUUGCGACCGACGCUCACUUUUACUUGGCGUGACAUCCGUUUUUUGCAUCUGUUUAAGGCGAUGCGAGCGGUCUGGUCCUCAAUAGCGUGCCCCAGUACUCCUCCAUGCGACUGGAGGAAAUCAUUUUCCAGGUCAUCUGUCAGGUGAGCGCCACGGAACCCACCUGUUCAGAGCGUCGUCUACUCUCCUGCCUGGCAAGUAUUUUCUCCGACAUGCGAACCUCUCCUCCACCCAGACAAUCUGUUGAGGCCGCUCUCAUGGCUCUUAUAAGGACGGGGACGAUUUACUUUUGUGGUAAGUUUUGCGACCCCUAAUCUUCCACAAUUCCCUCCGCAUCCCCCAUGUACCACUUACUUUUACUUGGUACGACUGCGAUCACCCCUGAUUUAGCCGGCCUUGAUGAUGUCAUGGAAGGUACUUCUAAACGCGUGGCGAUCCGCGGCAGCAGAUCUGGACGGCUCAAUCCAUUCUCUUCGCCAGCGACGGAGACCAAAUACUAA